CUGAGGCCUAGCGCCCGCCCCGAGCUGAAGUAAGCAGUAACUCCGGUGUUAACCCGGGGGAGAGGUUCAUCCCCCCCGCCUUUUUACUAGAAUCGAAAUUGUUGCUGAAGGGACCAAAGAUGUCUCAGUUCCCUGCGCCCAGUUCUCAGCAGCGGGUGUCUGCGGGCAGUAGGAACAAGGUGCGGCUAAAGCCAGGUCGAAGUUUGAUGGACUGGAUCCGUCUAAAACAGAGUGGAAAGGAUAUGACAGGGUUGUGUGGCAGGCUUAUUGCGGUAACUGAGGAAGAACUUGCAAAACACAAUAAGAAGACUGACUGCUGGAUCUGUAUCAGAGGCAUGGUUUACAAUGUGACACCAUAUUUGGAAUAUCACCCUGGAGGAGAGGAGGAGCUUAUGAGAGGUGCAGGAGCUGAUGGAACAGAAUUAUUUGAUCAGAUUCACACCUGGGUCAACUCUGAAUCCAUGCUGAAGGAAUGCCUUGUAGGAAGAAUGGCUUUGAAGCCUAAAGCUGUUGCUAAAGUUUUUGAGAAUCAGUCAGGUUUUGAAGUGCCAAAGCAGACAUCACUAAAUGGUACAAGUGUUCCAGAUGGGUUUGAGAAACAAUCAAAAGAGAUUUCCCUAAGACAUGAAUGGUUUCAGACAGAGGAUACAAUCACAGUUGUUAUAUACACCAAAAAAAAGGACAUCAACUCAGGUUCCGUGAUUGUAGAUUUGGAAGGUGGUGUGCUAAGAACAGAAGUUCGUCAACAAGAAUAUUCUUAUAUCCUUCACCUGGAAUUAAGUCAUGAAGUACAAGAGGUAGUUUCUGAAGUAAACUGCAAUUUUUCAGUGCACUGUGCCAGUAAGGUGGGAAAAAUAGAACUGCACCUGAAAAAGCUUAACAGUGCAAUAUGGAGUGAUCUUGGACAACCUCUAGAACAUCAUAACUCAUUCAAAAAGAAUACCGAUGGAGAUCUUUUUUACCGGAAAUGCACCCUGCUGUCAAAGAUGGAUGUGUCACAUGACACUAGAUUGCUGUGCUUUCAGCUACCACCUGGAUGUUAUUUGACAAUUCCUGUUGGACAACACAUUUAUCUCAAAGGUAGCAUUCAAGAUGUAGAAGCAGUUAGGCCGUAUACCCCUGUGCUGCCAUCCUUGUAUGCAGAACCAAAGGAUGAUGGUCUUACCUGUACAAAUAUCUAUUUAAUGAUCAAAAUCUACCCUGAUGGAUUGCUAACACCACAUAUUGACAAGCUUCAAAUCGGAAACUGUGUAUCCAUGAGUAGCCCAGCAGGCAACUUCAAACACUCGCAACUUAAAGGAAUAACUGAGCUCAUCCUAUUGGCCGCUGGUACAGGCUUCACUCCAAUGAUCAAACUUAUAAACUUCAGCUUGAAAAUUUCCUCUUUCAGGAAAAUCCGAUUGAUGUUCUUCAACAAGACAGAAAAGGAUAUUGUGUGGAGGGAUCAGUUAGACCAUUUGGCCUCGAAAGACGAAAGGUUUGAGGUUGAAUAUAUCCUGUCAGAGCCUCACCUCGAAUGGGCAGGGAAACGGGGAAAGAUUGAAAUGCCCCUUUGUUCAGAAUUUUUGACUGGGCGUCCUGAAGAGUUGAAAACACUUGUGUGUGUUUGUGGUCCAAUCUCCUUCACUGAGCAAGCUGUUGGCAUUUUCAAACAGUUAGGAUUUAACAAUGGAGAGAUUCAUGCUUUCAACGGAUAACAGCCAAUCAGCAACAACCCUGCAACUGUUACGUCAUUUUUGGUGCAACUACAGAAAACCUGCUGAGCAGGUUCUAUUGAAAACAUUUAUUAAAAUGUUAUUGUUAAACAUAGCACUGUCCUAUGCAUAACUCCUGCCUUAGUUUAGGUUUGUGUGCUGCAUUUGAUAUAAUUAUUCUGAAUGCAUUCAGUUUUUUAAAUGAACUUGCACAUAUAAUUUAUACUCAAUGAUCUGAUUGUACACAGUUAAGUAUUCUUGAGAGGCUUAAGUUUUUUUCCUGUAUUAUAUUAAAUGUGUAAGUAGAUUUAUAUUAAUAGUACCUGCAGUAACUGAAGGCUAAUUUGAUGUAUUAUGAUGAUGCGAUACUCUGUGACCUCAAACAGAUUUCUACUGUAUUCUAGAAAACUAUUGACAACAGUAAGUUAUAUUUUGUGAAUAAUUUAUGAUAGUAAUCCCUUAUUGAGCCUGGAGUAUGCACUGAUUUCUAUAUCUUGUAGUGCAGGCUGUAUAAAAUGACUCUCAAAUGACUUAUUCAAUUACAUUAUUUCUUGAAAAAUUAUAAUUUGAACAUUUAUAAUUUUUUUUAAAAGGUACAAUAAAAUAUUUAUGCAAACCUGAA